CAAACUUUCAUUCAAAAUAGAUAUAGAGGACAGACCACCUGGAGUCCCAUUUUCCAUCUCUAUUUUGCUGCCCUUGUGUAAAUAAAAAAGUUAAAUUGGAACAACCAAAUUCCCCCCUUUAGCACCCAUUCAAUCAAAUGUUUAUGGUUUUCAAUGGCACCAUAAACUACUGGUUGUUUUCCUAAUGUUGUCUGGUUAAAUCAGACAGCUGCUGGGUAACAAACUAAUAUUUGGAAAUUAUUAUUUCUAUGACACCACUUAAAAGAAGAAGGGAUAGCCUUCCCUAAUUUUCCGUGGGCUUUCCCUCCCUGGGAUGCAACAAGAGUUAGCUGAGAGGCAAAGUUUGGAAAGGGAGCAGAGAAGCAGACCGUUCCUCCUAAUUAGAUAGGAAGCAAUCUUUUAAAAAACGAGUGGCUGCCUUUUUAGUCCAUCUGUCAAAGAGCAAAGCCUCCAGGCUUGAUACUAUCUAUUUCUUCCUGCAGGAGAAGACCAAGAUUAAUCCCUGAUUGGAAAAUGAGGUGGCCACAGGUGGAAAGCAGUUGCAUUUCAUCCCAGGCCCCACUCUGCAUAGUCCAAACUGGUGGGCCUACUUAGACCUAUGGUUGGAGGCCUGUUUCUGACUUAAAGCCAUCUAAAGUGGUUCAGUUUGCAAAAAUCUAUCAGCAACCUAGGUCCAUGCCUAGACAAAUGUAUUUGAAAUUUGUGUCAGUGUUAAGCAUCCUGCUUUGGACAAAAUAGCCUAGAUAUCUAUUUUCUCCUAAAUGAUUGUGCAACAUCUACUAUUUACAAGUGAGCUAGAAUGUGGCUGUUUCUGGUAAUGGCAUGCUUAAUCUUGCAGACUGAAAAUUCAGAAGGAUCUGUAAGGCAUUUGAAUCCUCAAGAAUUCAUGACAAUUCCUCAAAUUAUCCAGUACUGGGGAUAUUCUAGUGAAGAGUAUGAAGUCCUGACUGAUGAUGGCUAUUAUCUUAAGUUAAACAGAAUUCUUUCUAGAAGACUUUUUCUUCAUCUGACAGGGCCUAAGCCAGUUGUUUUAUUAGUACAUGGUUUGCUGUUUGAAGGGAGAUGUUGGAUUGCAAAUCUUCCCAGCAAUAGUCUGGGAUUUUUUCUAUCAGAUGCUGGAUAUGAUGUCUGGAUAAUAAAUAUCAGAGGGACCACAUGGUCUAGAAGACACCAGAAAUUUUCAAUUGACCAGCAAGAAUUCUGGGAAUUCAGUUUUCAUGAAAUGGCCAUAUAUGAUAUCCCAGCAACUAUAGCAUUCAUUUUGCAGAAAACAAAGCAAAGUAGUUUAUAUUACUUUGGCCAUGCCCAGGGAGGAACAAUAGGAUUAAUUGCCUUUUCACUUCUGCCCCAGCUAGCACAAAAAGUGAAGCUCUUUCUGUGUUUUACUCCUGCUUACACAUUGAGGGGUAUCACAGGGCUUCCCAAAGCACUGGGAAAAAUUCCUCCUGGACUAAGAAAACUAAUAUGGGGCAAGAAAGAAUAUUAUCUUUUAAGUAACAGAUUAAAAGCUUUCAUGGCCUAUGGAUGUAGCUAUGCCGUGUUCGAUAAGCUUUGCCUUCAAGUUAUCUUCUUUAUGGGAGGAUAUAAUGCAAAAAACCUAAAUACAAGUCGAGCAGAUGUUUAUGUUGGAAUUUUUCCUGAUUUCACAUCUGUUAAAACAGUAUCUCAUUGGGGACAGGUUAUUUAUUCCAAGGAACUUAAAUAUUUUGAUCAUGGGAAAAAGAACAAAGCCGUAUAUAACAGAACAACACCUCCGUUUUAUAAAAUUGAAGAAGUUACAAUACCAGUAGCGAUGUGGAGUGGAGGAAGAGACAUUAUUGCAACAAAAAAAGAUGUUGAAUUACUGGCUUCUCGAAUCACUCAUUUAGUUUUCUAUAAGAAUAUUCCUUACUGGCAACAUAUGGAUCCUAUCUUGGGCCUAGAUAUUCCACAACAGCUAUAUAACGAUAUACGUAAGCUAAUGCAGAAGUACUAGGUUUAAUUUUAGAGGUGGAACCUAAGGAAGAGGCAAGAUCUUAAAGCAUUUGUUUAUUUUUGCCAUGAACUCUUCAAAUCUAAUGUUUAAAUUAUAUUGAAAAAUAAAUGUUAGAAAUUAACUUUUAAAGUAAACUAUGUUAUAUAUGUACUCAAAGUUAUAUGCAUACAAAUAACUUUGUAAAUAAUUUCCUGGUCUAAAUAACAUGAAGUUCCAAGAUACCUUAGAUUGACCAGAAAGUUUAAUUUGGAAAAAGUAGUUUAAAUUAUAUGAAAGCAGAUGGUUCUGUUGAGCAGUAAGCUGGUAUUUAUUAACAUCCUAUGAGCAUUUUACUCAUUUGCAUUUUACUUGUAUUUGUGAUUUUAGGUUCUUGUUCCACUUAUAUUUUGUAAGAAAUUCAUGUUUGUUCAUUUUCGAAUUUGGAUUGUUCAGAGUUGAUUUGUUUUUGGUUCAUACGAAAAGAUUUUGAAGAAUAAUGGUCUUUCAUAAAUAUUUUUAGUUCAUUUCAGGCUGCCUUGUUACUUGUAACUUUCUAUUAUUGUUCAUGGGUUUUUUUGCUAUUAAAUAAAUAUUCUUCCAUUGA